CACCACCCCCUCAGAGUCUUCUCCUGUUUUGCAGAUCAUUACUCUCUGACCUAUCUCUACACUGGGCUGUCCAAGCCCAGGGAAGGCUACCCCAAGUUUUGGGCUGUAGGCUUCCUCAAUGACCAGGAAUUCCUCCACUACGACAGUGAAAGCAGGAAGGCUGAGCCUGUGGGACCAUGGAGGCACGUGGAAGGAAUGGAGGAUUGGGAUAAGGAGAGCAACCUUCAGCAGGCCAGGGAGGACAUCUUCCUGGACACGCUGCAAGACAUCAUGGACUAUUACUAUGACAGAAAUGGGUCUCACACCUUUCAGGGAAUGUUCAGUUGUGAACUCCAGAAUAACAAAAACAGUGGAGAAUUCUGGAAGUCUGCCUAUGAUGGAGAGGACUUCAUUGAAUUGAACAAAGAAAUCCCGACCUAGGUCCCCUUGGACCCCGCAGCCUGAAACACCAAGAAGUGGGAAUCCUACGUGCAGAAUGCCAAGGAGUAUCUGGAGGAGGAGUGUCCUGGGAUCCUGCAGAGGUACCUGAACUAUAGCAAGCAUAUCCUGGACUGGCAAGGUACUCACCGCUUCCUGCUCCCCAGCACUGAGCUGAGACGGACCAGGUGGCCUCAGUGUAGGCACUCAGGAAACAUCUCAGGCUGGUAACCUCCAAAGCUAG